AUUAAUUCACUGGCGCGGAUCCAUACCAGGAAAAGAAUUGAUUCAAUUUAAUUUAGCGACGUAUUCAACGUUGAGUUUGCGGCGAACACAUACCAACUCGUAGGUUGAGCGCUACUCAUUUCAAAUAUAUUGAGCUGUACUGCAUUACUUAUUCCGCCGUGGAAGUCCAGCAUGGGUCGCUAGUUAUCUCGCGUUAUCCUCCGCGUGAAAACUAUCAUCGUACGUCUGUUUAAACAAUGGCUACGGAGCAGAGGACAAGCUGGAUAUUGACUGGUGCUACUGUCGCCUGCGUGCUCGCUCUGUAUGUGCCGUGUGUGCAGAGGACAGUCCCCGGUGGAGAUUCAGGAGAGCUGAUCACCACUGCCUGUGAGCUGGGGGUGGCCCAUCCUCCGGGAUACCCGCUCUUCACUCUACUGUCUCGCCUGACGAUGUGUCUUCUGCCCACACUCUCACCAGCCCACAGCGUCAACCUAAUGAGCAGCGUGUUAGGGGCAGCGGCGUGUGGCACCCUCUGCAUGACUGUAUGCAGACUGGUAGGUCCUGGUCCUGGAGCAGUACUGGCUGGAGGAGUCUUUGGCGUAUCCAGGCUGAGUUGGCAAUGGUCAAUGGUUGCGGAGGUUUUCACCCUCAACAACCUAUUCACGGGUCUGCUCUUCCUUUCUGCUGCCAGCUUUCACUUGGCUAAGAAUGUAACGGAGAGGCGAAAGCUUUCACAAUGGGGUGCGCUUUGCUGCGGGCUGGGACUCUGCAACCAGCAUACCCUGGUGCUAUAUGUGCUUGCAGUCAUCCCGUGGGUCUUCCAUAGACUCCACUCACACAGGGAGCUGUCUCUGCGUAGCCUCCUGUCCAUGGGAGUGUGUUUCCUGCUAGGUUUUCUGCCCUACAUCUUCCUGCCUUUCUCCUCCUUCGUCAACUCAGCCCGUUGGAGCUGGGGGGACCAGACCACCAUGUCAGGCCUGCUAACCCACCUGCUCAGAGCUGAGUAUGGUACUUUUAGUCUGGCAAAGACGGAGAGCUCAGUGAACCUGACAUCACUGCUGAAGGCCCAAUUGGACCACUGCCUGGUGGACCUUUCUCUUCCUAUUGUAGCUCUGGCGGGAUUAGGCCUUCUUCUCUCCUCAACGGAUAGAAAGUAUCGUUCUGUGGCUUGGCUGCUAACGUUUAUGCUGCUUAUAUACUCAUUUUUCUUUGCUUGGAGGGCUAACUUGGAUAUCAGUAGACCUUUACUGCUGGGAGUGGUUGAGCGUUUUUGGAUCCAAGGCGAUACUAUUGUUUGUGUGCUGGCUGGUCUUGGCUCCAGCCUGACCCUUAAUGCGCUGGAGCGGAGUCUGGGCCACGGAGGGGUUUGGAAGACUGCAGCCUGGGUCCUCGCCACAGCUCUACUGGCACGCAUGGUGCACAUCAAUCACAGGGAAUGUGAUCAGAGCAGCAACAGCGUGGUGGAACGGUUCGGCAGGGAGCUUUUGGCUUCCUUCCCGGCAGACUCCAUCGUCCUGACCAGAGGAGAUUUGCCGGGAAACUCCCUCCGCUACUUGCAUUACUGUCUUGAUGUACGGCCCGACGUGCACCUGGUCGACCAGGAGAUGAUGACUUACAAUUGGUAUGUGGGAAAGCUGGGGCCUCACCUCCCAGGUGUGCACUUUCCCGGUCGCCAGUGGGACACGGUCCACUCCACGGAGAGAGACACCUUCACUUUGGAGCGCUUUCUGAUCCACAACUCACAGAGGGAUGUAUUUGCCUGUAUUGGGCUGCCUGACGGCGACCCGAGCUGGGGCCGUAGCUUCUCCCGCUGGCCUUUUGGUGUGUGUGACUUCUUGGUGCCUGCUCGGAGGCAGUUUCACCCCAAAGAGUGGGCGAAACGCACGCACAACCUUUACAACUGGAGCGAGCCACACAACUGUUUCCACUCGGCAUCCUGGGAGCAUGUGGCUAAUGAGGAGAUGUGGCAAGCCAGGAUGAAGACGGCUUUCUUUCUGUUUGACCUGGCAGAGAGGAUGCAGGGAGAGGGAAAAUCUGACCUCUUUGAGCUGUCUUACACUCUGUAUAAAGUACUUGUGGAGUCUUACUCUGACUACCCACCAAACUGGGACAAGAACCUGGCACUGGCCUGCGAGAGGCUGGUCCGCUCAGGUCACCAAGACCACAGUCCAGACGACCUGCUGACCUGUAGCAUUCGCCAUUUUCGCCUGUACUUGGACAAGGAACCCACAGAUCCGCAGGCGCCCGCCAUACGCUCGGCUGUUUCCCACCUGUUGAAAGAGAGAGACCAGCACCAGCACAGCCUUAAGAAGACCACCUGACAGGUCCUGACACCUACGAGGUGUGAAACUGACCUAUAAGCGGAGGAAGUGACAAGCUUCUUGUUCCACUAAUUUGCCAAGAAGGAAGCAUCAUCAUUUGAUUUCCCCCCCCCCUCCCCUUCUGUUGUGAAGGUUUGGACUGAAUUGCCACAUUGGAUUAACUAAACCAAAGUAGUGUGGUAGCGAUCUGAACUGCAGUACAAGAAACCUCGAAUGACCCCAAUCAAGUGUGCCCCCGUGGACUCUCCCACUUGAUUGCUUUAUCAUUACAUCUUCUACGCCGAUCCCCCCUCCUCUUCUGCUCGUGCAGCUUUUAAUGUACUGAUUAUUUUUGCCUUGGCCCAUGCUCCACUUCUCUUUUUUUUUUUUUUUCUCUCACAUUAGGGCGACGAGAUUGAGGGAAACACAAUUUCGGGGCAGAAAUGGGGGAUUAGAGCAUCUGUUUAAUCUAGGACAAACUCGCACUGUGCCACCCAGUUCCGGCGGUUGCCACCCAUCCCCCUGUCCAUCCAUCAGUCUAUCUUAGAUAGUCUUUUAAAUGUUUAAAACUAAUGGAUUCGAUUAGGUUCCCCCCCCCCCCGCUCUUCUUUCCUAACGGGAGGCCUGUAAUCCGUCAUGGAUUUAAAUGAAAUGUAAAAUGUCACAAUGCCAGAGACCCUUUUAAACUGUGUGUACGUCCACCCCGUGUAUUGGUUUUUAAAUAUUUACGCAUGCGUGUAGACAUACAUAUAUCUGAGCCAAAGUUCUUUCCGUGCCGGACACAUCCAGAAAUACGGUCGGUUAAUUGACCAGCCACGGGCCCUCAUUGUCUGAGAGGUUUUACUAAAUCCAGAUUCACAAUUGACAUGCUUUUAUGGGCACUUGACCAUGUGACUGAGACCCAAGAGGAAGGAUCCAGAUGUUGACCUCUCAUUGGAGAGAUGAGUGCUGCCUUCUCUGAACACAAUCUUGACAUUUUACGAGGCGCAAUGACACUCAGUUACUUUUUACAAUUACAAUUCUGGUUCAUUUCAGACAAUUUCUCACCUUUUUAUGUUCAGAUUUUUCCAUUUGUUUCAAUAAAAAAUGGG